AGAUUGAAAACCAGUUCGCCUUCUAAACCCAACCACAGCAGUUCGCCACGGAAUAUAUACCAAAGGAUUUUUUAAAAGAAACUUAAAAAAAGGAUAUACAAAAUGCCGCCACCACAUCACGAUCGUCUCUUUGGAAUCCACUUGGGCCUGAGCUUGGGUGGCCAUGGACACCACCACCACCAUCACCACCCACCGCCGCCGCCUCCGAUCCACCAUCACCACCACCACGAGCCGCCGCACCACCACUAUCCUCCGCCGCCGCCGCCGCACCACCACCACCACCACCAUGGACCUCCGCCGCCGCCACACCACUUUGAUCAUCAUCAUCACCACCACGGCGGCCACUUCGAUCAUCAUCAUGGUCCUCCCCAUCACCAUCAUCACUGCUAAGUCGGUGGAGAAACAGAGUGUUUGAGUCUGGGCGAAUUUAAUUUAUUAUCAGAACUAUUAUAAAAUAAAAUAUAAUCCAAAAAAAUAAUAAUAAAACAAACUUACAAGUGAAAACCCAA